AAAAUAUGAGAGAAUUAAUCAAGCAUUUAGGCUUCAAGAAACGAAUAAAAACACCGGCGCCGGAGAUCGCUUCCAACUGCCAUCAACCAUUCCCAAAUGGCUCAGUCUCAGCCUCAGCCUCAGCCUCAGCCGGAUCCAUCCAAUCCCGUCCCUCCAAACCCAUCGCACUCCGAUAAUGCGGAUCCAGUCACCGAUCACCGCUCCACCGACUCUUCUACCCAUCCCAAGCUUAACCCUAGCGACGUUGUUCCGCCGCCGGUGCCGGAGGAUUGGACUACCGUCCCCAUGGGCUCCCAACCCCAACAUCCACAUCCGCCUCCACCUCAAACUCAGCCGAACAGCGAGGCUCGUGCUCCGAUCUCUGAGGGAAAUGCCACUACUCUGCCGAAUGAUGCGAAUCCGUAUGUUUCUGCAGCUCCGGCCCAGGGAAAUCCUUCUUCUGCUAAGAAUACGAUGGAUUCCGUGAAGGUGAUGCUUGUAAGAUGGGGAAAGAGGGCUGUUGACGCAACCAAGAAAGCCGAGGAUCUUGCUGGGAACAUGUGGCAGCACUUGAAAACAGGGCCUAGUUUUACUGAAGCUGCUGUGGGAAGAAUUGCUCAGGGGACGAAAGUUCUUGCAGAAGGUGGUUAUGAGAAGAUCUUCCGGCAAACUUUUGAGAAUACACCUGAAGAGAAACUUCAUAAGGCAUAUGCAUGCUACUUGUCCACAUCUGCCGGUCCUGUGAUGGGAACUCUGUACAUAUCAACGGCUAAAAUUGCCUUUUGCAGUGACAGUCCUCUUUCAUACAAAGUGAAUGAGGAGACCCGAUGGUGCCUUUACAAGGUGAUGAUCCCGCUACAUCACCUUAGAGCAGUGAACCCAUCAACAAGCAAAGCGAAACCGCCUGAAAAAUUCAUACAGGUUAUCUCCAUUGACAAUCAUGAAUUCUGGUUUUUGGGGUUUGUAAAUUAUGAUGGUGCAGUGAAAAUUCUUGAAGAAACCCUACAGCCCAACAGUCCGCGUGCUGCCUAAAACUCAUUCUGGAACACAUCAACUCUUAUCUCGUCACCAACAGUAAGUAAGCAUAUUGUAGUAAGCCAAGAUUUUGAUGAUAUACAAACAACUACUGUAGAAAUACAAAUUAUGAAAUACUUGCUAGUACUCUGCUGUCUUUAUGGAAAAUUGGAAAUUGUUUGAACUCUUAUACAAUUUUGUUGAUUGAAUUGAAUGGUAAAUAGUAUUGAUGAUUGAAUUCU